GUUCAUUUCACGCCUACUGGAUUUGUAUGCGAUCGGAAAUGCCGAAAAGCAAGUUGCUGGCUUUUGCGCUCGCUUUGUUGUCUAUCGCUGUUAAUACGCCUACUUGGGAGCGUUAUUUCAGCGAAUUGGCUUUGAUCCAUAUUGCGAAGAGGAACAGGAUGUCACCUGAGAAGGCAAGGAAACUGGCUUUGGUUCGUAAGCAAGUGCGAGAAUUUGAUACUGAAGUCGGUCCCUCCAAGGUCGCCAACACUACACGAUUGAUUGAUCCUACAGAGCGCACCCGGCUAAGAGACAGAGACGAUGUUUUUGAGUGCAAUGAAACCGAAGAUGACACCGAAGAAGAAAGCGUUGUCGGGCCAGACACUGCAUUUGAGUACUGGCAGUCCGUACUCUGCGAGUUGGAGGGCGACGACGAUGCACCAGUUACUCUUGCUAUCGAGCCAGAUAACACGAGCUCUCCCCAAUCUGCCGCUGCUGCCGCCGCUGCUGAAGAGAGACGCUUUGCCGCAGUUCUGGAAAAAAUUAAAUCUCAAUCUUCAGAGCCGAUCCCUGAGGCAGAUCGACGUGCAUUCCCGAAGCACAAUGACAGACUAUUUCCACAGGAAAUAAACGUUUCCAAGGCUGCGAGGUAAAACAUUUACUUUGGCAGAGCUGUCAAAGACAUCGAAUCCAGCAGCAACGCAAAAAGGUAUGUUAAUCUUGCCA